AUGAAGUACUCAUUCGCUUCCUGCCUCGCAGUCGCCGGCAUGGCGUCGGCCCACUCCUGGCUUGAAUGUACCGACCACGACAACACAGAGCUCCUGCCAAAGAUGAUUGCAGGCUCCAAGAAAAUCCCCGCAGAGAUCGUCGACCCUGUCUUCUUCCCUGAGCUGUGCCGCGGCUGGCCUCGCGCCAAGGCCAACCCAGGUGACUGGAUCGACGAGUCCACCAACUUCUCAUGGAACAUCCCGGCCAAGACCUUCGAGGGCGACCGGUCGGCGUGCCACCCCUCGCAGCGCAGCCCUGGCCAGGAGGCCAACGCGCCGAUGGCGACCGUCAGCCCCGGCGGCACCAUCAAGCUGAGGUUCGGCGGUAACGGACACACGCGCGGUGCCACCGCCGGCCAGAACAACGACCCUGGCCAGGUCAGCGUGUACUGGGCCGGAGCCAAGGAGACCGAGAUCAACACCAUCGACGAGUUCACCGACGCCAACCGGAUCGCCCAGGCCGGCUUCGCCGACGACUCCUUCUCCUACCCUGAUGACAAGAGCAUCAUCAGCGCCGCCCAGGGCCUCGUUGACAAGGGCAACUGGAUGGAGCUCACCAUGCCCACCAACAUGGAGGCCGGCAGGCACAUGAUGGUCUGGGUCUGGAGCUUCGACAACGCGCCCCAAUGGAGCACAUGCUUCGAUGUGCAGAUCGAGGCAUAA